AAAUAAUUAUGCAUAAUUCUUUAUAUAUUGAGUUGGUUGCUCUCUCUCUCUCUCUGUCUGAAAUACGAUUCUAUCUCUGUCUUGCUUAAUUCAUGAGUUCGAAAAAGUUAAUUGUUUGUUUUGGUGCUUUCUUUCAUCUUUGUUGUUUUCUUGUCCUUUUCAAUUAGAUCUUUUUUAUUGAUGAGAAACAAAUAACAUCUAUAAUUUGGGUUAUUUUAAAUCCAAGCGUAUACUGUUUUCUUGUACCUGCUUUACUUGAAUUUCUAAGUUUCUACUGGUUUUCUGUGCAUUGUUCAUGUGGUUUUAUUGCUCAAGGCACAGGAAUAUCUUCUAAUUUAUGGUCUGCACAACCUCCAUCAAGAUUUGGUCGAUUUUUAGCUGUUAAUUAACUGGUUAGGGACCUUCUACCUUGAAAAGUUGAGGGUCAUGGAGAUGGAGGCAUCAAAAGGUCCAGACAACAUAAAAAUGAAGAAAAUAUGUUCACAAAUAGGAAUUCCACUCCUAGUGGCAUUAUUUCAGAACAAAUAAGCAAUUCAUCAGUCGGGCAGUGAUCAUCUUACUUUUUUCUUUUUUUUUUGAAGUUGGGUAGCUAUAAUUUGCAUGUAACCUAAUGCCAUAGUAUUACCCCAUUGGAACUCCUGAGCUGUUUGACAUUCAAUACAGAUCUUUUAACAUGGGUUCCUUCUUUGUGCCUUUAUGGCUACCCUCAAAAUCAUUAUCCAAGUCUAAGGUGGUCAUGUCUUGAAAGGGGAGAUCGUAAAUGGUGUUUUAUCUGCACAUAGAGGUGUUUGGCUUGUAAUUUGCUGUUGUUGCCCAUAGCAUGGUCCUCAAGCUGGAUUCCAUGUAUUUGUGUUUUACGGUCUUUAUUCUAUUUUUCCUUAGGUAUUUCACAGUUUGAGGCGGAGAGGCCAGUAACUGAUACAUCAUCCAGUUAUGAUGUGUUUCUCUUUCUUAUUUAAGAGACAUUCAUCUGGGUCGAACCAGAACAUUUCCGGCGUUCAAGAUAAUCUCGGUAUCCAUAGAUACCCUUACAAGGAAUUAAGAAAUGCCACUGAUGAUUUUAGUCCAAACAAUAAAAUUGGAGAGGGAGGUUUUGGUUCUGUAUACAAGGGGAAGCUAAAAAAUGGGAGACUUGUGGCUGUAAAAGUUCUUUCUGCUGAAUCAAAACAAGGAACUCAAGAGUUCUUGACGGAGAUCAAUGUGAUAUCCAGUAUAGAGCAUGAAAACCUUGUCAAGCUUCAUGGAUGCUGUGUUGAAAGGAAUAAUAGAAUAUUGGUCUAUGGCUAUCUCGAGAAUAAUAGCCUUGCACAAACCCUACUUGGUGAUGCACGUGACGACUUAGUGUUUAAUUGGACAACACGCUGCAAUAUCUGCGUAGGGGUUGCCCGUGGUCUUGCAUAUCUCCAUGAGGAAGUCAAGCCCCGCAUUGUGCAUCGAGAUAUCAAGGCUAGCAAUAUCCUUCUAGAUGGGACCCUAACCCCAAAAAUAUCAGAUUUUGGUCUAGCAAAGCUUUUCCCAAAUAAUGAAACUCACAUCAGCACCCGUGUUGCUGGAACCAUAGGUUACUUGGCACCAGAAUAUGCAAUACGAGGACACCUAACAAGGAAAGCAGAUAUCUAUAGCUUUGGGGUACUCAUGUUAGAAAUUAUCAGUGGCAGGUGCAACACAGACAGAAGAUUACCUUUAGAAGACCAUUAUCUUCUUGAAAGAACCUAUCAACUAUACGAGGCCGAUGAACUCUUGCAGCUAGUGGACCCUUCUCUCUAUGGGGACUAUAACUCAAAGGAAGUUUCAAGAUUUAUCAGAGUUGCUCUCUUAUGUACGCAAGACAGUGCAAAGCUUCGACCCUCCAUGUCUACCGUUGUUAGCAUGUUAGCAGAAGGUGCAAGCAUUGAUGAUCUAACUAUAUCAAGGCCCGGCCUUAUCUCUGAUUUCUUGAAUCUCAAAGUUAGAACCCCUAGGACAGGUAGUGGGUCAGGGCCUGGACACUCUUCCAUAGGGGACACCACAACAUAUGGCUCCCUCGACUUCACAACAACAAUUCAAAGCUAGAUGGGAAUGUUGUGAGCAUAAUCUCCCCCCUCUCUCUCUCUCUCUCUCGCUGCCUGCUGUGUAGGUGCUUAUGUAAAUAAGCAAAUGUGGUGUAAGAUGCCUGUGGGAUGCUUAGGAAGAAAUUGUGAUACUUGGGAAUUAUUGUUUAUUCUUUUUGAUAAGUUAGUGUAUUUUAGAAUCAUCGUGCAUUUUGUAUA